AUGGGAGAAACGGAAUUAGGAUCAGAGGAGGAGAUGGACAAUAAAUUAUCUGAAAUAUGUAAACAAUUGGACCAGCUAGCAUUAGAUAUCCUGAAACUCUGUGAAGAGCAAGUUAAAUGCAGGGUUAAAUUGGAAGAAGCAAUGAAACCUGGUUUUGUUCACAUAGCAAAGUCUAGAUACAUUAUGGGCAAUCGAACAGUAUGUUCCCUUCAGCUCCCCACAGAGGACAGUGCUGAAUUUGAUGCGUUGACAACCGUUGUGCCUCAAGAGUCGAUUACAGACAGUGAACACAGAGUGUUCAAACUAGUAGAAACUCCAAAGGGCCAAGAUACAUCAGGGAAAUCUGUGUUACGGAGAAGAAAAGAGAAACUUGAAAGUGAUGUGAGUACUGAAGCAAAAGAGGAAAACGUCAAGACAUAUGUGGAUCCCAUAAAAUGGUUUGGUGUCCUUGUACCUCAAAAUCUGAAAAUGGCUCAGAAUUGCUUCCAGUCGGUUCUUCCUCUUGUUGUUGAAUGUGCUAAUGUGCAAGGUGAGUUGCAAAGGGCUCAGAUGAAAUACCAGAAACUCUUGAAGGAGAAAGAUUUGUUAAGUUAAGUGCUCAUGAAAUUUUUGUUACAAUUACUAAUUGUAUUGACAUUUAUGGUUGUUUGUUGUUUUACAUAAAGUUUCAUUACUGAAUA